AUGGCUGAUCUCUGGGAUGAUGACGACGAUGAUGAUAUCCUAGAAUUGGGAAAUAGACCUCCCAUGAGCCAGGUGGCCUUGGUUGUUCAAAAUAAGAACACCAGCCAAGAUUCAAAAGAUGUCGAUGAGAUUCUGAAGGCUAAAGGCGAAGUAGGGGUUCUUCGUCAGAAGAUAGGGAUGCUGGAGAAGAUGAUGCGUGAGCAUGAUGAAAACCAACGGAAAAUACAACAUGAUCUCAAAAGCUCACACGAGGAAGAAGUUCGAAAGCUUAAGAUUGAACUACAAAGGCUUGAAGAUGAAAAGAAGUUUAUGAUUGUUGAACAAAAGCAUUUGUUUACACCCAGAAACAGUAGCAAAUCCAGUGGUAGUAGCGAAACUGAUACAUCAAUACAAUUUCCAAAUGAGAGCAAACGGAGGAAAAUCGAGCCAUCUAAAGAAUAUGUCUCGUUAGGCCAGAAUUUCAAAAUGAAAGACGAUGGAUCUUUGUUCUUCGAUUCCUUGAUGGAUUUCAGAUUACCUGGGGCACAGCAUACAGUGUUUCAGUGUCUUGAUCACAUAUGCACGUACAAGGCUGAUCUGUCCCUAAGCACAGAAAUCGAAACUAUCAAAAGCCGCUCACCCCUAGGACCGUCUAUCCGAUCGUUAAUUUUUAAAUGGAAAUCAGUAUAUUCGUUAGACCAAUUAGUCGAUAAGACACUAGAAAUCCUGGCUAUCGCCAUAAAGGCAAUAUGUGUUGAGGAAGAAACAAAAUAUGCAAUACCAUUCCUCAUCGCCCUCAUGCACAAUGUCAUAAGUUUCAGACACAGCGCAACAAGCAUUAAUUCUUUGAAAGAAAUAUUCCAGUUUAUUACCGAUUUCAUUAUUUCGGACCCAAAAUUCUUAAAACAACCAUUGCAUGACAACCCUCUUGAAUCCGAUGUUUCACCGGACGUAUUUCAAUAUGCUAUGUUGGAUCAACUUUGCAUGAUGUAUGCAUUCGAUGUGUUAGAAACAUGUAUCACAAUCUUAUUAAAUUGUUCGGAGGAGGAACAAUUGUUACUUCUUGAGGAUGACAUAAUAUCGGAAAAUUUAACUAAAUGCUGCAGCCUCUGUCUAUCCAUCUCCUAUAAACCAAUUUUGCCACUAAUUGUGAACGUGACAGAAAUAUUAUUAGGUGUCAUAGAGAUGAAAUCUCAUAAUAAAAAGUGGGAGAAUAGAUGGUCAUCUUUAUCCUCUAAACUUCUUCACACAUGGGAAAAACCUAUUUCUUGCAAUUCUUCCAACUUAAACUUUGCUGGUCUAAAUAGGUGCUCUACUAGCAAUGACAAUCAUUGGAUGCUCGAUAAAAUAGUUAACGAUAAUGAAGUCCGUUACUUACCUAUGAUUAUAGAGAAUGAUUUCGAAGCAUUGUCUCCGAGUGCAUUGGAAAACCAAGAAUAUUGGACCAUACAGAUUCAGGUUAAUAUUGCAGUAAUAAUGCAUGAGCUGGCUAAAAGAUAUCAAGGCAUACUUUUCUCUGUUGAUUUUCUACAAAAAAGCUUCUCUCUUUUCAGUUACCAGCAUUCUCUGUUGCUCACUGUUUUCUUGAAUAGAGAUCAUAUUAACGAUGUAAAGCGGCAACAGUUGCUUACCAUCCUAUUAAAGCUAAUAAAUUUUUGUUGGUUCUCAAUAACAGAUGAAUGCAAGAAAUCUUUGAGAUUGGACGAAUUAACCAUAUCUUUGUGGAGAAUUGUCUACGGUUCACCAGCUUCAAUGGACGAUAUCGCUCCAGAGUGGGUGUCUCUUAUCAAUCCUUUAAAAAAUUUGGAGUUAGAAGAACAGAAACAAUUACUAGACGAUGCAUAUGACGAAGAUAAUUUACCGGGGUUCAUGAUAUCUGAAGAACUAGAUUUGAAGAGAGAUUCAGCAUUAUCCAAAUUCACCAUAAAUAACUCGUGGGCAUUCAAGGAAACUGCAAAACACAUUCUCGAAAGCAUAACUACGCUUGACGAAGCGGAUUCGUUAUACGUUGCUAUGGUAGGGGAGGUAUGA